UAUUUACUACAUUUUUACACCCUCCAGAGCUGCCUGGGCUUAUUCCCAAGCAAGAAUGCGUAGGCUUGUGGGCUAAAAUGACCAAAAUAAUCAGAGUAGGUAAUAUUUUUAGCAUGUCCGUAGCUUAUCAACAUCUGGUUUCCCUGGAUUAAGUCCUAUAUUCAUUUCCUUAAGUGAAAUAAUACAAUUAAUAGUUAACAUAUUUUAUGUAUAAUAGUUUAUAGUUAUAUAAAUAUAAUAUACUAUAAGCCUUUUUUAUUAGCAUUGACGUUAAUUUUGAACUAAAAAAUACUGAAUUUCUUUCACAGUUAUAAAUGGACAGUUAUGAUGGACAGUUCACCAUCAUAAACAUUUUAAAUCUACCUGAGGUCCCAUGGAAAUGAAGUUACCUACCAGUUAAAGGCAGGCUUUGUUCAGCCUAGUACCAGCUCAUGGUUUUUAGAGGUGUUUGCAUUCAGUUUCUCUGACUUCCACAUGCAAAAAUCCUCAGGCUGGGUUGGAUUGUUGUUGUUCUCUGUUUAUCUGGUGGACUUUGUCCAAGCAAGGCAGAGUUAAACCGGAAAGACAACAGAGCAGAGCUGAUGAAAAGGAAUACUUCAAAAAACUAAACCCGAUGGCUUUGAUGUAGCAGUUGCAAAUGACAGCAAAAAGUCUACAGCUGGAUUUCUUGUCUUGUGCAAGAGAGGCUGGGCAAGGGCAGACAACCGGGACACACAAUCAAAAUAAGCCUCUGAGCAGAGUUGCGAUGCCACAACUAUCCUUGCCAGCUAAAGCUGCAAGCCCAUAUCCACUGAGCUGGGAAGGAACCCAUUCCACUCACUUCUACGCAGGGGUCCUCCAGUUUGCUCGAGCCCUCACUCUAACUGGUAUCCUGACUUCGUUUGCUUCCCAGUUCAGAUGAGCACCGUGUCUGUGGAUCUCAGUACCGACCCAUCCCUACAGAUUGACAUCCCUGAUGCCCUCAGUGAAAAAGACAGAGUGAAGUUCACGGUCCAUACGAAGACCACACUGCCCGGCUUUCACGGCACAGAAUUCUCUGUCACGAGGCAGCAUGAAGAUUUCGAGUGGCUGCAUGACACAUUUGUCGAGGCAGAAGAGUAUGCAGGAUUAAUUAUCCCUCCAGCACCGGCAAAGCCCGACUUCGAUGGCCCUCGAGAGAAGAUGCAUAAGCUUGGGGAAGGGGAAAUGACUAUGCUAAAAGAGGAAUUUGCCAAAAUGAAGCAAGAGCUGGAAGCGGAAUACCUCGCUGUCUUCAAGAAGACCGUGACAUCCCAUGAAGUCUUCCUUCAGCAGAUCGCUGCUCACCCUCUUCUCAGACAAGAUCACAACUUCCAUGUCUUCCUUGAGUAUGACCAGGAUCUCAGUGUUCGGAGGAAAAACACAAAGGAAAUGUUUGGGACCUUCUUCAGAACUGUGGUAAAGAGUGCUGAUGAAGUUCUUCUGUCUGGGGUUAAGGAGGUGGAUGAUUUCUUCGAACAAGAGAAGACGUUUCUCGUAAACUACUACAACAGAGUCAAGGACACGUGUGCAAAGGCAGACAAGAUGACACGAUCCCAUAAAAAUGUUGCAGACGAUUAUAUUCAUACGUCCGCUUCCUUGAAUAGCCUGGCUUUGGACGAGCCGACUGUCAUUAAAAAGUACUUGCUGAAAAUUUCAGAACUCUUCGAGAAACUCCGGAAAGUAGAGAAUCGUGUGUCUUCUGAUGAAGAUUUGAAAUUGUCUGAGUUACUAAGAAACUGUAUGCUCAAUAUAGAAGCAGCAAAGGAUCUCUUGCACAGACGUACCCGGGCCCUCAUGGACUAUGAACAUUCAAAUAAAGCUCUAGAUAAAGCUAGGCUGAAAAGCAAAGAUGUCAAAAUAGCAGAAGCGCAUCAGCUGGCAUGCUGUCAAAGGUUCGAGAGACUUUCUGAAUCUGCAAGGCAAGAACUGAACAGCUUCAAGCAGAAGCGCGUAGCGGCUUUCCGUAAAAAUCUGAUUGAAAUGACUGAACUUGAGAUUAAGCACGCAAAGAAUCACGUUUUGCUUGUGCAAAGCUGCAUUGACCUGUUCAAGAACAACUGAAGGCCUCAGGAUACGACCGCGAGAGGAGCAGGGGAGACCCUUGGCAGUGCAGCGACGCCUUUCUAGCUCGGAUUCCUUGGAUUGCCGUGUUUGGCUGAACACUUCCUGGGCUGCCACUAGUGAUAUAACUACUAAUGAUAAAUAUUGCACUAUAUAUAGAUUUUCUCAAACGGCAAUUAACAUUGUGUGAUUUUUUUCCAAGAGGACAUAUGGCGUGUGCAUUGAUAACUGGUGAAUUGCGAUUGUGGUGGAAACUCGCUUCUGCGAAAGCUGUUUAGGAUUGCCAAGGAGUUUGUGUAAUGGAAAAUUUAGCACAGGGCUAAAACUAUCUCAGAACUAUUUUGCAAGUGACUACAGAAAAAGUUUUUGCAGUUUUAUAAGCAGCUAUUCUAACAUUCCAUUUCAUAGACUUCUGUUGCAAUUAUUUUGGAUUCAGUAUUUAUACACUCUUGGACAAUGCAAAAUAAAAGAUGUCUAACCAUUA